AUGAACCUUACACUGGACCAAAGCAUGCGCGUGGAUGACCUCCAGUCAGAACACGUGCAGCUGGGCGGCGCCUAUGUCGACACCAUCGUCGCCGUCUCAGACGAGCUGGCGCACAUGAAAGAGCUCCUGCCCCUCGUCAAGCUCCUUUCCCUCGUCUACAAGAUGCGCUCGCCCAGCCCGGAUGAAGAACACCACAUGAACACCCUUAUGCGGACGCUCUCGGGGGAUGGCCUCAGCAGGACCACCACCGACCGACAUCCUCAAGGCUUCACCAGGCACGAGACCAUCCAGUCUUUCAGCAGGUUCCUCAGUCCCGUCCUCAACGGCUUGAGCGGGCUCGUCGACUUCGAGCAGGCCGUCGGAGCGGGCGAAGACCCGGAGUCGUUCCGUCAGUUCUGGGCCCUCGACGACAGGAACCUGCUCACCGACGCCAUCUCGGGUAGCGGACCGCUCGCGGCCACGGCCGAGACGGAUAUCCCCUUCCUCGAGACUUUUGUCGAGGACAAAAGUCGCCGGCUCGCCCUGACGCAGGACCAUGGAGCUCUCGUACUGGUGCCCAACCGAGCGCGGGUCGGCGACGAGGUGUGGAAGAUGUCGCGCGGGUCCUCCCUGAUCGUCAUUCGCAGGGAUGGGCGGCCCGAGAGCCCUUCGAUGGACAUGAGCGUCUUGGGUGAGGCCUACAGCCACGGAUUCGCCCAAGGAAAGCCGCCGAGGGGCUGUAAACAGACGUACAACGAUACAGAGUUCCUGACGUCGUCCGUUGCCGUUGGGCUUGCCGGUGGCGUGCCGAGGUAG